CUUAAAUACCAAAGAGAGAAACCCCCUUUCACCAAAACAUUCUCUCACACAAACACACAUCUCCAUUCACAGACGCCACCACUGCUGUACUUCUUAUUAGGACCUGACAUACGCACACAUUUACAAACAUAUUAACUCUCUUAUUCUCCUCAUGGCUUGUGGGAUGCAAAUGUCGACCUGGAGCGGACACCACUGGAGACUCAUCCAGCAUUUCCUCCAGAUGACCCUCCUGCUCUCCCUCCUGUGCCCACCCACAGAGCCUGUUCCCUGGGACAGCGGCUCCAGCAGCAGCCCUGAAGAGGGCUGUGAAGGUUUCCAGGUGGAUGUUUGCGGUGUGUGUGCAGGGGAUGGGAGCUCAUGUGAGCUGUUCAGCGGGACACUCUUUCUUUCUGUGCUCUCUGUUGGCUACCACAAGAUCCUGGACAUCCCCUCUGGAGCUCAACGAAUCAAAAUACAGGAAACACAGAAGACCAGGAACUACUUAGCUCUCAGAACAGCGACUGGUGAGUCUGUGAUAAAUGGUGACUGGGUGAUCGACAGGCCAGGACAGUUCUACGCCGUGGGGACUGAGCUCACUUACAAACGGCCCAAUGAGAUACGCAGCAGAGCGGGAGAAUCCAUCACUGCUACUGGCCCAACCAAUCAGGAGCUGCAUCUCUUUGUGAUUUAUCAGCAACCCAAUCCAGCAGUGUAUUAUGAAUACAUUCUACCCAAAGACCCCAUCACCGACAGUGAUUUAGAUGCGUAUUCUUAUUCUAGUGUACUACCUCUAGUAGAGAGUCAUGGAAUAUUUCCUGAUCCUGACAAUAAUGACAGUGAAAACUCAUUAAGCAGCUCUAAUGCUAACCAAGUUCCAUCGGACUCAAUAACCCCUGAACCAGUUUCUCUGUACAGCUGGCUUGCCAUAACAACAACGCCCUGCAGUGCCACCUGUGGGACAGGCAGUCGUCAAGUUCUGUUCGGCUGUGUGGAAAGAGCAACUCAAACUACUGUACCAGGAGACCUCUGUAGCUACUCCAGUCAUCCUGGCCCUCAGGUAGAGGAGUGUCAAUCGCAGCCUUGCCCGGCCUUCUGGGAUGUCGGGGAGUGGUCCGAAUGCAGUAAGACCUGUGGUCCAGGGUUUCAGUAUCGUCAGGUGAUUUGUCAGCAGGCGCAAGGACAACAUGGCAAUAGCACAGUCGUCGUGGCAAACAGCCUCUGCGAUAACACAGAAAUGCCAGAGACCACCACCGUGUGCCAGCUCAAGAUCUGCAGUGAGUGGCAGAUCCGCUCAGAGUGGACAGAGUGCUCAGUGCCAUGUGGAGUAGGUCAGCGUACAAGAGAAGUUGUGUGUGUGGAUAACCUGGGUGACAUAGUUGUUGAUGAGGAAUGUAACAUGGCCCUUCGCCCACUGGACCUGCAGAACUGUGACAAAGGAGUGUGUGCCAGCAGCUGGUUCUACUCUCUCUGGAGUGAUCGGUGUUCUGCAGACUGUGCGGAAGGAAGUCGCAGCAGGACGGUGGUGUGUAUGAUGAGCCACACCAACUCACUGCCUCUGGACAACUGCGAUGAUGAGGAUAAACCUGACGACCUCAUGCCAUGUGAUCUAGGACCCUGCACACAGCGACUGGAAUGGUACGCAGGGCCAUGGGGACAGUGCUCAUCUGAAUGUGGCAAUGGUACCCAGAGUCGAGGUGUAGUCUGUGUUGUCCAAAACAGUGGCCAAUUAGAAGUCACCUUGGAUGACCGUUGCUCUCAUUUGGCCCGUCCUCCGAGUGCACAGACCUGCUUUUUGAAGAGUUGUGCAGCACAGUGGUACAUGACGGAGUGGAGCUCCUGUUCUCGUUCUUGUGACGGAGGUUUUCGAGUGAGGGAGGUACGUUGUUUGCAAGAUGAUUUGACCACCAGCAAUGACUGUGAUCCUGCUCUUGAACCUGCAAACAAGGAGGAGUGUAACACACAUACCUGCACAACACCGAUUGAUGAGUCCUGCAAGGAUAUGUACUAUAACUGUGUGGUGGUAGUCCAGGCGCGUUUAUGCGUGUACUCAUACUAUCGCAGCACAUGUUGUGCAUCAUGCUCUCGGGUCACUCAGAGAGACUCACUGCACAGAAUCAGGUGAUCUGGUUACCUUGUUCUUGGAAUGUGACACCACGACUCACCUUUCCUGAAUUAUGCUGUCCUUGUCUCAUUAUGGCAUCAUCCCCCAAAUGUUUACAGCUGGAUCUGACCCUGAGAUGACAUCACUGUUCAUCACUGUUUAAAGACUUUCAGAUGUAUGUUCGCUGCCCUUUUUUUAAAAAAACACAAAAUGAUAAUGCUCCAUGAGCAAAUGAGUAUUUAUUGCAAAUAAAAACAUUCGAGCCUUUUACUACAUGUUCAGUAAUGUCAAAAAAUGACAGAUUUAAAAUUAAUCUGGUCAUUUAAAUGUCUAAUAGUUUACAUCUAAACAUUCUAAAUGAACUCUUUACAUUCUUUACAUCUUUGGGAUUUAUCUAAAUAUUAUAUCUAAAAUUUUGCUUCACUGGUAUUGCAGAGGAGUGAUCCUAUUUUUUUUAUAUAUAUAUAUAUAUAUAUAUAUAUAUAUAUAAUUUUCGGGAAUUUCACAUGUAAUGUUAGUCAAUGCUGUCCCGAUAUGACCCCUUCAAAAGUCCAUGUGAGUAUGAAUAGAACAGAAUAGCCUGCCAUUUCACACAUGGUUCAGAAUGUUGCUCUCACACUGAUCUGAGAUUAUAAAAAUUAUACAAAACCUGAUGGUGAAGGUGAGUUCUAAAACGUGAAAAAACAUUACUUCAGUGAGACACUCUAUUUGGGGGGCGGAGGAAAUAAAAAUGCUGUAUUUUCACAGUUGUGCUUAUACUGUUGGACUGGGAAUAGAGUGAACCCAUAAUUGUUUGUUAGAUGAUAAAAUAUAUUAUUAAUGAAGUUCUUAUUGUUAAUAAUAGUAACUCAUUAAUAACAUUAUGGCAUUUAUGGGAACACAUCCCAAUAUCAGAAAAAAUAUAGAAAAACACUGUUCCAGUGAAAAUAUUGAAAAAAUAAAUAAGUAAUUUCUAUCAUAAUAAGAUAAGUGGUGUCAAAUCGAUUAAUCGUGAUUAAUCGCAUCCAAAAUUGUGUUUACAUAACAUGUUUACUUUCUAUAAAUAUACACAACACACGGACAUGUAUUAUGUAAACACAAACUUUUAUUUUUUGCGAUUAAUCGCGAUUAAUAAGUUUGACAGCACUCAUUCAUUUGUGCAAUAAAAAGACAACAUUUCAAAUUACCUUAAACCAUGCUUGUCAUAUAUCAUUUUAAAGG